UUGCAUUUUUGAUAUGUUUUAGAUGGGCCGUAUCAACUGUAAUGACAAGACAGAAUUUCAUACCAGCCAACAGCCCACAUUAUCCAAUGGUUCUUGCGCUUAUCCCCUACUGGGAUAUGGGAAAUCAUGAUAAUGCUGAGCUAACAACAGACUACAACAUCGAUUGUGACCAGAGCGAGUACUACUCAUGCCAGGAUUACAAGAAAGGAGAGCAAGUCUGUAUGUCUUAUGGCAGACGACCUAAUUCCGAGCUAUUCCUUCACAAUGGCUUUGUUCAUGUCAAUAACAUCGCAGAUGGCACCAAACUACGCCUUGGCGUUUCAAAAUCUGAUCCUCUUGUAUCACAGAAGAAAGAGCUGCUGAACAAGCUGUCUAUACCCUCUUCCGCUGAGUUUCUUCUGCCAGCGAACCCGAGGCCUUUUGCGCCUCAUGACAAGUUCAUCGCAUUCUUGAGAAUAUUCAACAUGGAGCAAGAAACUAUUGAGAAAUAUUUAAACGGAGAGAGUACAGAUGAUUUAUUGUGCCCAAACAUUCCCCAUCCUGUCGAUUCUAAGGUUUGGCAAUUUUUGACAACAAGAAUAAACUUACUCCUAUCAACUUACCCAACGACUCUUGAGGAAGAUGAAAAACUUCUUGAAGAAAACAAGAGCUUAUCUUCAUGUAUGAGGCUGACAGUGCUUAUGCGGUUGACAGAGAAGAGGAUCCUCCACAACACCUUAGAAGACUUGAAGAAGGCUCAAGAAUCAUAUCAAAGUACUGAGAACAAGACUAGUCAAGAGGAAACAAAAUCGAAGGGAAAAUAAAAGUUUUGAAAACAUUUCAAGACUUAAAUUCCAUCAGUACACCAGGAAUCAUCAAUAAUCCAGACUUGCAAUAUCAAAUGUUAUGAUCAUGAGCUUUAAUUAACUUUUAUUGUAAUUUUUUUAUUAGAAAAAACAGUGACAAAUUUCAAACUUGAUUGUAUAAAUUUUCAAGUUAUUUUUAUGUAUUCGAUUUAUUUUUUAUUUUAUUUAUUUAUUUUUAAAAUUAUUGAGUCUACCACAUUAGGCAAGUACUUAGGGUGUUGAACAAAAAUUUUUGUGAUGGAGGGAGGGGUUAGAAAUUCCAGUGGCAACGAUGGGAAUCGAACCCACAACCGCGGUGUCUAUGAGCUGAAAAAUUGGUAAUAAUUAGUAAAUAAUUACAAUGAAGACUAUUUUAAGCAUCCUAUUACAAUUUUAGGCAAAUUGUCCUAUCUCAUCUUGCAAGAAUUAAAUUAAACGGCUUUGAAAAACUUGUCUUAAUCUAUGUGAUCAGAGGCGAUCAGAGAAAAUUUUUCAAUUUUCUCAUUAAAUUAUUGCUCUGAGUACAUUCCUAAAUAUUAAACAAUAUAAGUUUACCUCAAAUAGCAUUUAAACAUAAUUAUUGAUGUUUUGUUAAAAAUGUUCUUUAUAGUUGGAAACUGUCAACCUUCCUAUAAAAUCUUUCUAUGUCAAAAUUAUUGACUUCGUAUAAGAUGUUAAUUAGUGUUUUUUUGACUUCACUUUUAGUCUUCCAUUUGUUUCAUCAUGAUGAGAAAAGAGACACUAACCGGACAUUAAAGAACUUAUAACUUAAAUAUUAAUUAUUAUGUCAUUUAUCAAAACCGAUGUAGGCUUAAUUAAUAGGGGUGUCAAAAUGUGUAUUUAGAAUAUUGUUGCUUCUUACUGCUUUUAUGUUUAAUGAUCUUUGUUUUGGCUAGUGGGAGUAAAAAUAAAUAGUUCCAUAAAAAAAGGAACGACUGUCAAUUUUAUGAAUCAUUUUAUAAAUUUUUACAAAAAUUAAAAUGUAAAAAUAUAAGAAGUGUCUUCUGUAAUAAUUUGGGUUGGCUGUGGUGAUAUAAAAAUAAUAUAUGUUGUCAAGAUUUAUUUUGCACUAAUGUUUAUCACUGAUGGAUGUUUUUGUAUAAAUGCUGCAAUUUUUUUGUGAUUUUCAUGGCUUGCUCUGUGAAUGCUUUCCCUAGUUUCUGUGAGAGGAGAAUAUAACUAUUUUUCACAUCUAUCAGAAAAAUCGUCCAGAAGUGUGUGGCUUAAGAAUGAAACAAAAUUGAUAAUCUCACAUUUAAUUUAACCAUGUUUUUAUCUUUGGAACACCAGUUUUAUUUAAAAU